AUGAGUUGUGCAGUGGUUUCAGGUUCCGAAACCCUCUUUCAUUUCUGCUCAAAACCCACAAAAAAUUCCAUCACAGAAAGUUUUUCUAGCAUUUCCUUCCGUUCACAGCUCCCAAAUUCUAGAAUUCAAUUCAAAAAUCCAUCUGGGAUGACUCGAAGAUCCCAUUCCAGGUCCAGUUUUAAGGCAAUUUAUGCUCCAACACAAAGCACAGACAGUUUGUAUGAUGUGUUGGGAAUUGAAGAGAGUGGAACUAUUUCUGAUAUAAAGAAAGCUUAUAAACAAAUGGCAAGAAAGUAUCAUCCUGAUGUGUCGCCACCAGACCGUGUUGAUGAACACACCAGGAGAUUUAUACUGGUUAAAGAGGCUUACGAAACCCUUUCUGAUCCACACGCCAGAGCUUUGUAUGAUCAAGAUAUAGCUCAUGGAUUGGGCUUCAAACAGAGAUCGGAAGGGGAGUGGAAAAUGAGGUGGCAAUCUCAACUGAAUGAAUUGAAACAAAGAAAAAGGGAUUCAGGAGGACGAAUGUCUUGGGGAGCUCGAAUGCGCAGCCGAAGAUGA